AUGACCGCUGAUAAAGGGCGUGUGCGCUCAUACGUUGGAGUGGCCAUCUGUAAUCGACAGCACUGGCAAGUAAUAUUCUUACUGGCGACAUUUUGUGAUAUUAUUGGCGCACAGAUUCGUUACUCUAUUCCAGAAGAGAUGAAAGUUGGCUCGCUUAUUGGGAAUGUUGCUCAAGACCUGGGACUUGAUGUGAAAAGGCUUAGAUCGGGCCGUGCCCGUAUCGUCACUGGAGAAAGCGUACAGUACACGGAGCUCAAAUCAGACAAAGGGAUACUGGUUGUGAGCGAGAGAAUAGACCGAGAGCAGCUAUGCAAUGAAAUGACCCCGUGCAGCUUCAGUUUUGAGAUUAUUCUAGAAAAUCCAAUGGAACUACACCCUCUUAACGUGAUCAUUCAGGAUCAAAAUGACAAUGCGCCUCAGAUUCUCUAUCCGAUACAAUCCAGUGGAUCCCUUUUGGCUGAGAUUGUGCCUCGGUCAGCAGAUAUGGGCUACCUCGUCACCAAGGUGGUGGCUGUUGAUGUGGACUCUGGACAGAAUGCCUGGCUGUCUUAUAAACUACAUAAAGCUGCGGAGCGAGCCUUGUUUGAGGUAGGCGCUCAGAAUGGAGAAAUAAGAACCUUUCGGCAAAUUACUGACAAAGACACGGUAAAGCAGAGACUAACAGUUGUUGUGGAGGACAACGGACAGCCCUCUCGCUCAGCAACAGUCAAUGUUAACGUGGCUUUGACGGACAGCUUUCCUGAAGUGCUCUCGGAGUUCAGUGACUUUACGCAUGGCAAGGAAUACAACGACAGUCUGACCUUUUAUUUAGUGCUGGCCCUCGCUGUUGUUUCAUUUCUUUUCAUUGUGUCCAUCAUAGCCAUACUAUCGGUGAAGUGCUACAGAUGGAGACGUGAGCGAAUGUUUUAUAAAUCUAACGGAAAUCUGCCAGUCAUUCCGUAUUACCCGCCCCUUUACGCAGACGUAGGAGGCACGGGUACUUUACAGCAUGUUUAUAAUUACGAGGUGUGCAGAACAAUGGACUCCAGGAAAAGUGAUCUGCAAUACCCUAGACCUUGUAGUGAAAGCAUCAUAAGCCUGGACACGUGUGGAAAAGAUACACUCUCACGUGCCAACAGGGAGAGACUGACCCUGGAUGAUACAAACCAUCAGUCUUCAUUCUUUAUGCGUCUCUAA